AUGCGCCGCCGCGGGAUCCCGUGCGCCGCCGCCUUGCCCUUCCUCCUCCUCCUCCUCCUCCUCCUCCUCCUCUGUGUUGCCGGCGGCGCCGCGGCGAGUUGUCCCUACGACAUCGACGGCGCCACCAGGAUCAUCCCGACGGGAUGCUACGCGAACGCGACAGCGGCCACGACCGGCUGCUGCUGGUACGUAUUCGCCUCCUACAUGUACGCCGCGAUCCGCUACGCCAACCUCACCGGCACCGCCUUCCUCCCUGAAGCCACCGCAAGAACCUGCACCACUGAUUUCUCCAGCUACGCUGUUCGCCAAGGGCUCGUGGUGCCGUCGCUGCUCCUCUCCGGCGACCGCUGCAACCUUGCCGGCGAUCCGAUCAAGUUCGCCGCCGGCAGUCGUCCCUGCCAGUUCUCCAAGAUCUCCGAUGUCUUCUCCGCGGUGGAUCUCUCCAACGGCACCCGGCUGUGCACCGCCACCCGCCGGAACCUCACCGACGACCAGUUUUCCUGCGUCGCCUGCCAGAACGCCGUCAUCGCCGCCACCUUUGCACUCUUCGACGCCACUCGCAGCAAGGAGAUGGUUCCCUGCGGCAUGGCCGCCACCAUGGGGAUUUGGGUCUCCACUGUCCCCGAUAUCGGCCGAUUCAGAUCCUACGUCCUGUGUAUGGUCCAGAUCCUGGAGAAUGUCGGCAACCUCGGCACCGGCAACAUCAUCCCUUCCUCCCCGCGACCUCCCCCGUUGCCGUCUCCUCCGGCGUCCUUGCCUUCUUCGUCCUCCGGCGGAGGCUCUCGGAUAGCGAAGAUUGCCGCCGGAUCGGUGUCCGGUGUGGUCAUCCUCGUCGCCGGCGUCUCCUUCCUGGUCCUCGCCCUGAUUCGCAGGCGGAAGAGGUCCCUCGCCAGCGUCACCACCGAUCUAGAGUUCACGGUGCCGAUCGACCGCCCCCUGCCGACGGAGGGACUCUACAUCUUCACCAUGAGCGAGCUCAAGCAGGCGACGUCUGGUUUCCACAGCCGUAAUCUCCUCGGGGAGGGCGGCGCGGGGAAGGUCUACCUGGGGACGCUCCCCAGCGGGCAGCAGGUGGCGAUCAAGCGCAUCCACCGGAAGAAGCGGAAGCUUGGCGAGUUCUACAGGGAGGUGGAGGUGGUUGCCAAGCUCCGCCACCGCAAGCUCACUACGCUGGUCGGAUACUGCCUCCAGAGCAAGGGCCACGCCCUGGUCUACGAGUACAUGCCCGGCGGGAACCUCUCCGCCGCACUCAGCAGGGGAGAUCUCCCCUGGCGGCGCCGCCUGCUCAUCGCCGGCGACGUCGCCGAGGCCCUCGCCUACCUCCACGACCUCCCCGAUGGCGCCGUCGUCCACCGCGACGUGAAGCCCACCAACGUCCUCCUCGCCGGCGACGGCACCGCCAAGCUCUCCGACUUCGGCGUCUCCAAGGUCGUCCCGCCGGGAACCUCCCACGUCUCGACGGAGGUCAAGGGAACACGCGGCUACCUCGACCCCGAGUACUUCGGCGCCGGGAAGGUCUCCAAGGCCGCAGACGUCUACAGCUUUGGGGUGAUGCUGCUGCAACUCCUCACGGGGACUAAGGCGGUGGUGGAGACGCCCUCAGGGGGGCAGCAGUCCAUCGUGCAGGCGGCGCGCGCAGUGAGCGGCGGCGCCACCGCCAUCGUUGACCACCGGCUCGCGGCGGAGUGCGACGGUGACUCCCUCGAGGAGGUCUUCCAGCUCGCCUGCCGCUGCGUGAAGCCGUACAAGGACGAGCGGCCGCGCAUGGCGGACGUGCUCUCCGUGCUCCGCGGCGUACUCGCCGUUGUAGAGGCCACGCCGGUGGGCCCCACCAGCGGCGCCGCCCUGACGCCGGUGGGCCCCACCGGCGGCGCUCCCUUUCCUAGCCGAGGGGAUUCCCCGCCGACGACGGCGGAGCCGUCCACGUCGUCUUCUUCCUUCUGA